UAUUCCUUGCUGUGUCUAAUCCAUUAACGUCCAGUAAGAGCAAUUAGAGCUAAAAGGACGUAUCAGCAGCUUCAAAGUGGUAAAAACGACAUACAAAAAUACUUGCAAACGGCAAUGGCAAGAAAUCUGCCAAGAUGUUUGGAAAAGUGAUCUUUCCCAUACUAUUCAUCUUCUUUCUAGUCUUCUCUUACUCCAUCUUCAUCGGAACCGUUGAUUUCAGAUCAUACUUCAAUCCUCUCCUCCAACAGUCACCGGCCGGUGCGCACUCGAUGUGUGCAACCGGGCCGCCUCUUAAGGUCUACAUGUACGAUCUUCCUCGAAAGUUUCACGUGGCGAUGAUGAGCAAGAGCAAGGUAAAUGAUGAUACGCCGGUAACGGCAGAGAAUUUACCGCCGUGGCCGAAGAAUUCGGGGUUAAGGAAGCAACAUAGUGUAGAGUAUUGGUUAAUGGCUUCGCUUUUGUAUGAUGGCGGUGGAGAGCAGAGAGAGGUUGUUAGGGUUUUAGAUCCGGAAAAGGCUGAUGCUUUCUUCGUGCCGUUUUUCUCUUCUUUGAGCUUUAACACGCAUGGGCAUAUCAUGACGGAUCCGGAGACCGAGAUAGAUCGCCAAUUGCAGGUAUAUUGUCGUUCAUUUCUUUGUAGUUUCAGAUUCCAUUUUUGUUCAAUUUACAGUUAUGCAUCCAUUUUAGAUUUAGUUAUGUUUAGCAGCAUAAACUAUAAGACUCUAUUAGCCACUGUUUUUUCCAAGUGCUUGUUAUAUAAUGUUAUUGUUAUUUCUCUUCUUACUUCUCAUUUCUUUCCUUUUCUGACAUACCAGUCAACUCAAGGAAUGAGAUCAUCAAAAUUCUGCCUGCAUCCUGCAGGAGACACUCCAUCUUCUUGCCGGCUUUUUGAUGCUAUUGUCAGUCAUUGUGUUCCAGUCAUCGUGAGUGAUCAGAUUGAGCUUCCUUAUGAAGAUGAAAUUGAUUACAGUGAAUUCUCGCUUUUCUUCUCUGUAAAAGAGGCAAUUCAACCCGGUUACAUGGUUGGUAAACUAAGAGAAUUUCCCAAAGACAGAUGGAUCAAAAUGUGGAGAAAGCUUAAGAGCAUUUCUCAUCAUUUUGAAUUCCAAUACCCACCAAAGAAGGAAGAUGCAGUUGACAUGUUAUGGAGACAGGUAAAACACAAACUUCCUAGGGUCCAACUUUCUGUACAUAGAAGCAAGAGAUUGAAAGUUCCAGAUUGGUGGCAGCGAUGAAGAUCAUCUGAAAGCUAGCUCAUAUGACACUGUACAUUCAUGAUUUUUUUGAUCAAUCAUAACAAUAAUCCCUUCUGGAGGGAACAAUCAGAGGUAGCCGCCUUUAUACUUGUUGUAACAUUUACUCUUUCCACGGAUACAUCGAAAGAUAUUCCUUUCUCGACAGUGAAGACCAGCAGACUUGCCUGCACAAGAGCUCGACUUAAUGCUAGAGAAAUAAGUUAUAGAGUAUGUAAUGGGAUGCACUGGCUAUAGACCUUUAGAAUUUAGCAAAGCAAAAGAGUUAUGGUUAAAUUUCUUCUUUUUCUUUCUGAAUCUUUAUACAAAUCUAAUUGGAAAUGGUGAUGACAUUCAUUGAUUGUGUUUA